UUCGCUUCGUCACUGACAACUUUGACAACUGCUAGAAAACUCACAGCAUGGCAACUGACAGUGUAAACAUGUGCUCGAAGGAAGAGAAGAGAGUUGUAAGAUGAAUUACUACGAUAUUCUGCAGUGUUCCAAAGAUGCCACUGUAGAGGAGUUGAAAAAAUCUUAUCAAUCACUGAUUUUGAAACAUCAUCCAGACAAGCAGACGGAAAGAUCAUCAAAAGAAUUAGAUGACGACAAGUUUCACCGCAUUGACACGGCCUACAAAGUUCUGAGAGAUCCAGAAUCCAGGAAAAUCUACGAUGCUGAAUUGAUGCAACAAGAAUUCUGCGAAAAACCCCUCAUUUUCGCCACUCUGCACAGAAAGGAAUUCAUCCGAGACCAAGACACAGAUUUGCUGAUCAAGACCUGUCGCUGUGGAGGCAUUUAUAUCUUCCCGGAAGACGAGGACACUCCAGGAGAGGAGAAUAUCUUGAUUUCCUGUGAUGAAUGCUCCCUUGUAAUUGAAGUGACAGCAAAAUAGAGGCGCGCAAUUUUCUA